GGCGGGCGCGGGGCGCUAAGGGCAGCCCCGCCAUGCGGGUCCCCGGCUGCGCGGCGCUCUGGUUGCUGCUGCUGGCUCAGGUGGGUGUGCAGGUGAGUCCCCGACUCCGGGGCAGGGUCCCGAAGGCGCCCCUGGCUCAGACCCCGUCUCACCGAGGUGUCGCCGCUGUUUUCCAGCAGGCACCUGUGUACGCCGUGGGACCCGCAGCGACCUCGCCCGGGAACCCGAGCGUCCGGCGUCCUCCUCGUCCCGCGGAGCGGCUGGGCUGGGUGGAAAAGGGCGAGUAUGACCUGGUGUCUCCCUACGAGGUUGACCCCGAUGGCAACUACGUGUCCCACGAGAUCACGCACCCGCAGAGGAGGAAACGGGCGUUGGCGCAGCGCGGGGUGGACGCUCUGCACCUUCGGCUGAAAGGCUUCCGGCGCGACUUCCACAUGGAUCUGACGACUUCCGGCAAGCUGGUGGCCCCAGGAUUCCUCGUGCAGACCCUGGGAAAGGGGGGCACCAAGUCGGUGCGGACUUUCCCGCCCGAGGACUUCUGCUUCUACCAGGGUUCCCUGCGAUCCCACGAAAGCUCCGCGGUGGCUCUUUCAACCUGCAAAGGCUUGUCAGGCAUGAUAAGAACUCAGGAGGCAGAUUACUUCUUGAAGCCGCUGCCUGCGCACCUGGCCGGGAGACUGCACGCCGCGGCCGGGGGUGCGCCCGCCUCGCACAUACUGUACAAGCGAUCCACGGAGCCGCGGGCGCGGGGGGCCCCCCAGGCCGUGAGGAUGGAGAAGCGGUGGGAGCUGGAAAACCGCCGCCCCUUCCAUGGCGAGGACCAGCCCCUGAGCCACGGCUUCCGCCUCGGGCACCCCCAGAAGCAGCAUUUCUGUGGGAGACGCAAGAAAUACAUGCCCAGGCCUCCCGAGGACGACCUCUUCACCCUGCCUGACGAGUACGGGGCCGGCUUCAGGCACAGGCGCUCCCUCCUCAAGUCCCACCGGCACCAAGAGCUGAACGUGGAGACGCUGGUGGUGGUUGACAGAAAGAUGAUGCAAAACCACGGCCACGAAAACAUCACCACCUACGUCCUGACCAUACUCAACAUGGUGUCUGCUUUGUUCAAAGAUGGAACGAUCGGAGGAAACAUCAACAUCGCGGUCGUAGGUCUGAUUCUUCUAGAAGAAGAACAGCCAGGGCUCGUGAUAAGCCACCACGCAGACCACACCUUAAGCAGCUUCUGCCAGUGGCAGUCGGGGUUGGUGGGGAAGGACGGAGCCCGCCACGACCAUGCCAUCCUGCUGACCGGCUUGGAUAUAUGCUCCUGGAAGGAUGAGCCCUGCGACACUCUGGGCUUCGCGCCCAUAAGUGGAAUGUGUAGUAAAUAUCGCAGCUGCACGAUUAAUGAAGAUACAGGUCUUGGACUGGCUUUCACCAUCGCCCACGAGUCUGGACACAACUUUGGCAUGGUCCACGAUGGAGAAGGGAACGUGUGCAAAAAGUCAGAGGGCAACAUAAUGUCCCCCACGUUGGCAGGACGCAACGGGGUUUUCUCCUGGUCACCCUGCAGCCGCCAGUACCUGCACAAAUUUUUAAGCACUGCCCAGGCUGUGUGCCUUGCUGAUCAGCCAAAGCCCGUGAAGGAGUACAAGUACCCUGAGCAGCUGCCGGGAGAGUUAUAUGAUGCAAACACACAGUGCAAGUGGCAGUUUGGAGAGAAAGCCAAGCUCUGCCUGCUGGAUUUUAAAAAGGAUAUCUGUAAAGCCCUGUGGUGCCACCGGAUUGGAAGGAAAUGUGAGACUAAGUUUAUGCCAGCAGCAGAAGGCACUACUUGCGGGCAUGACAUGUGGUGCCGCGGAGGGCAGUGUGUGAAACAUGGUGACGAGGGCCCCAAGCCCACCCAUGGCCACUGGUCAGACUGGUCUCCCUGGUCCCCCUGCUCCAGGACCUGCGGAGGAGGGGUGUCUCACAGGGACCGGCUCUGCACGAACCCCCGACCAUCAAAUGGAGGGAAGUUCUGUGCGGGCUCCGCUCGAGCUCUGAAGCUUUGCAACAGUCAGAAAUGUCCCCACGGCAGCGUCGACUUCCGCGCCCUGCAGUGCGCCGCGUACAACGGCAAACGGUUCCGAGGAUGGCACUACAAAUGGGAGCCCUACACCCACGUGGAAGAUCAGGACUUAUGCAAACUCUACUGUAUCGCAGAAGGAUUUGAUUUCUUCUUUUCUUUGUCAAAUAAAGUCAAAGAUGGGACUCCAUGCUCGGAGGAUAGCCGUAAUAUUUGUAUAGAUGGGAUAUGUGAGAGAGUGGGCUGUGACAACGUCCUGGGAUCCGACGCCGUGGAAGACGCCUGUGGUGUGUGCCGGGGAAAUAACUCGGACUGCACGACGCACAAGGGCCUGUACGCCAAGCAGCCCCGCUCCAACCAGUAUUAUCCGAUGGUCACCAUUCCUUCUGGAGCCCGGAGCAUCCGCGUCUAUGAAAUGAAUGCAUCUACCUCCUACAUUUCUGUGCGAAAUACACUCAAAAAGUACUACCUGAAUGGACACUGGACAGUGGACUGGCCCGGCCGCUACAAGUUUUCAGGAACUACCUUCGACUACAGACGCUCCUACAAGGAGCCUGAGAGCUUGACUUCCGCGGGGCCAACCAACGAGACGCUGGUCGUGGAGCUUCUGCUUCAGGGAAGGAACCCGGGCAUCGCCUGGGAGUACUCGGUGCCACGGCGGGCGGGUGAGAGGAAGCUCGGCGUCCAGCCCAGCUACACGUGGGCCACUGUCCGCUCCGAGUGCUCCGUCUCCUGCGGAGGGGGGCACAUGACCACGCGAGGAGGCUGCUACAGAGACCUGAGAUUCCCCGUGAACGCGUCCUUCUGCAGCCCCGACACCCGGCCUGCCGCGGGGGUCACGCCCUGCAAAGUGUCUGCCUGCCCCCCCAGUUGGUCCGUGGGGAACUGGAGCGCCUGCAACCGGACAUGUGGCGGGGGCACGCAGAGCCGUCCCGUCCAGUGCACGCGGCGGGCACACUACAAAUCGGAGCGGGUGUCGGCCAGCCUGUGUCCUCAGCCCAUGCCCUCCAGCCGCCAGGCCUGCCACACUCAGAGCUGCCCACCCGCGUGGAGCACUGGGCCCUGGGCUGAGUGCUCACGAACCUGCGGGAAGGGGUGGAGGAAGAGGUCCGUGGCCUGUAAGAGCACCAGCGCCUCGGCCAGGGCGCAGCUGCUGCCCGACGCCGUCUGCGCCUCGGAGCCCAAGCCCAGGAUGCACGAGGCCUGUCUGCUCAGGCGCUGCCACAAGCACAAGAAGCUGCAGUGGCUUGUGUCCGCCUGGUCCCAGUGCUCUGUUACGUGUGAAAGAGGAACACAGACAAGAUUCUUAAAGUGUGUUGAGAAGUACGUUUCUGGGAAGUACCGAGAGCUGGCCUCAAAGAAGUGCUUGCACCUGCCGCAGCCCAACCUGCAGCUGGAACGCGUCUGCGCCCCGUUUCCCUGCCCCAAGCACCCCCUGUUGGCUGCCGCAGGCCCCCCGAGGGCCAGCUGGUUUGCCUCGCCCUGGUCUCAGUGCACGGCCAGCUGUGGGGGCGGCGCGCAGACGAGGUCCGUGCGGUGCCUGGCGGGCGGCCGGCCGGCCUCGGGCUGCCCCAUGCACCAGAAGCCCGCGGCCUCCCAGGCCUGCAGCACUCACUUCUGCCCCAUCGCAGAGAAGAGAGGUGCCUUCUGCGAGGACCGCUUCCCCUGGUGCUCCCUGGUGCCCCAGCACGGGGUGUGCAGCCACCACUUCUACAGCCAGCAGUGCUGCAGGACCUGCUCCCGAUCCAACCUGUGAGCCGCGUCAGCUGCUUCCCGGGAACGGGAGCUACCGUCUCCAGCACCAGCGAGGCAGAUGGAAGCCGGAGGGAGGAAAACCGUGUUGCGGGCUCUUCGACAUGACCGCGUGUGCAUGUGUGUGUGACUGGUGUGUGCGAGCGCAUCCCUAGGUGCACACAGAUAUGCUCUCGGGGAGGGGGAGCUGUGAAGCCGGGCCUCGGGUGCCCUGCCCAGCAGGCCGCUGCACACCCAACGUGCUGCCCCUGGCCGGGCGGAGCCUCGUCUAAGAAGGCAGGCCCAGAAGGGAGGAAGAAGAACUGAACAUCUGACCCCCCACUGCGGAUGCCCGCUGCCCGCCUCCCCCUACCUGGAGGCCCCUUCCCACCUGGAGGCGGGAUGAGCUCCAGGCUCCAACCCAGACCCUUUCUCUGCAUGGGACCCGGGGCCCCGACCAGACUGGGUGUCGCUCUGGGGGGCGCCAGCCCAGCCGGGGGAGCUGGGCUCCGUCCCGAGUGGGGAGCUCGCCUCUGGACUCCCUGCUGCGGUGCUCUGUCCCUUUCAGCCUCAUGUGCUGGAGGAGAGAAUUUUCAUAUUUUAUGUUUUAUCUUUCUCAGUUAUUUACAAGUGAGUGUUCCAAUUUAAACCCAUUUCUUAAUGCUUCUCUGUUUCAAAUGUCAGAAUUACAGGUGGUGCCAGAAUCAGAGACUUACCGGUUACAGCAAAGCCCUGCGGACCGACUGAGGGCUCGUGGACGGUCCCAGUCGGGCAGGCGUCAAGUGAUGACCUGGGAGCCCGGGUUUUGUGUUUGUAUGUCGCGGGGUUUUUAAAAAAUUUUCUUCUGUAAAUUUAGGUUGUUUCUGUAACACCCAUUCAGAAGGAAGGCUGGCGAUUUCCCAAGGGCAGGCUGCACGCGGGCCUCCGACAUUCUCCCGCCAGCGUGCACGUGGCCGUGGUCUUUCCUGUGCUGUGAUCUCCACGCCAAACGGCGCCUGGAUAUUUAUAUUUGCUGAAGUUUUAUAAUAAAUUUUAUACUGGGCA